AUGGCAUCAACAACAGAUUUAACAACUAGUAUUAUACCUCAACUAUGCAAGAAUAACUGUGGUUUCUUCGGCAAUACAUCUUUCGAUGGAUUUUGUUCUCAAUGUUAUACAGAACAAAAGAAAAAAUUAAAAGAAAAAGAACAACAACUAGAUAUUUCUGUUGAAAUGAAAAAGGAAAAUGUUGUCAUCGGAUCAACAGUAUCAGUUUCAUCGCCUGUCGAGAAUCUGUCAUUAUCAACUCAAUCAAAACCGAUAACAAAACCUUAUACUUCAAAAAAGACCCGAUGUCCUAAUUGUAAAAAACUAAUGGGUAUUUUACAAUAUCCAUGUGUAUGUGGUGGAAAUUUUUGUUCGAAUUGUCGUUAUUCAAAUGAACAUCAAUGUCCAAUUGAUUACAAAGCUGUAGGAAGAAAAAUAUUGGCUAAAACCAAUCCUCAAGUGAUUGCUGAUCGUGUUCAUAAUCGACAAUCAAUCAACAAUGAAAUAAAAAUGAGUACAACAACAACUGAAUCUUCUUCAUCAACUAGUAAAACGACGCAAACAAGCAUUAAACAAUCAACUGAUGAUUUAGCUAAUUUAGUUGAUGGUCGUAAUAAACCAUUAGUAAUUAUUCUUGCUGUUACACUUCCAACAUUAGCUGUUAUUGGUAUUUUAAUUCUAUUAGUUGUAUGUUAUCGACGACGAAAUGCAACAAUUUGGUUAAAAAAAAUUGAACAUUCAAGUCGAUUACAAGCAAUUGUUGUCAAUCUUUCGGCGACUUCUAUUCAGCCAGAAUAUUCAGAAAAAAAAGCACGCCUUUCUCAUCGACAAUUUUCACCGCCACGUACAGAAACGAUUGUCUAUAACCGUUUGAGUACACCUUCUACUCCAGUAUUUAUCAAUCCAUUUAAUCGUUUGCAAUCAUCAAAUGGAGGUGAAACUAAUGAAGCAUUUGAUGAAUUCUUAAUUAAAAAUGAACAAGAGCCUGUAUUAAGAUCAACACUACAACAAAGUUCAAACAGUGGACAACGUACAACAUCACUUCAAACAGACUUUCCUUUUACAUUACAAGCACCUGUUCCUACAAUAACAUCAGCACUUGUUAAAGCUAUUGCUACACAUCGUGUAUCUUUGAUUCUUGACGCAAACAAUACAUCAUCAUCAUUAGAAACAACAACAACAACAACAACAGCCACAAAUAAUCAUAAUAAUAGACAUUCAGGUGCAUCAUCAUCGUGUUCCAAUACUUCUCAAACGGUGCUUCUUUUUUCUCAGAGAACUGAAUUAUAA